GUGUGAGUGUGUGUGUGUGUUACUACAGUCAACUGUGUUGGUGUGACUGGCUGCUACGUCGCUGACUUUGGGAAUUUGGGAAAAAUAAAGGUUUUGCUUCAGGAAGCGGAGCGGCCGAGGCCACGCCCCCUCACAGACACGGAGACUGAAGAUUCUUCAGGGUUCUGGAGCCGAGGACGUGGUGGACGCUGGGCUGUGGUCACUGACGGUGUUGACCUCCAACUGUUGGGUGAGUUUGUCUUUUCUCUGUUGGACAUUUUCUUCAGAGUUCCUUCUUUGUAUUUUUAGCUAAACGUGAUCGUACGUUAAACCAAAGGUUGAACUGGUUGUAAAGAAUCACUUUCUUCACCAGUAGGGGUCGCUCAUCCACUUAGCUAGGAUAUAUUUUUGUCACUGGUGUUCAGUCUCUGUUUCCAGUGUUUCUGUUAACGUCAGGCCUGGAGGUCAACCAGGGAACUGCAGACUCCGACUCCUCACGUGUCGGUGAUUGAUUGACAGGUGAGCCGUAACCAUGGGAACACGGAUGGAGGUGACGCAGCUGGAGAGCCAGCUGAGUGCUGAGGAUUACAGGAAGCUGCAGAGUCUUUUCCUGGACCCCUGUGGUGAACCUCGCUCCUUGUCCAGAACUGACUUCGUGGACCUGGCCUGGUCCUCGGUGGGUCACGGCUCCAGGGAGGAGUACGGGCUCCUGUUUGACGGCGUGGUGGUCACUCAGGAGCAGCGUGGACUGCUGCUGGACCUGGACGCAGUCAAGGCAGAGGGCCGUGUUGAUUGGACGGGACUGUGCCACUUCCUGCUGCUGGAGCUUUCUGAGAAGAUGAAGAGGGAUGAGAACCACAGUGUGCCCCGCUGGAAGCCCCCCCGCUCCAUCACCUGCCCCCACCGUGACCCCGUUCAAAAGGUCGGACACUUUUUAUCAUCGGCUCAAUCCAAAGAGUUUCACUCACACACAGCAGUGAGAGGUGAUGUGUCCCCUCGUGUCCCCUCGUGUCCAUUGUCUCCUCAGGUGUUGUACCUGCAGAGUUCAGGUCAGUAUCUGACCAUGAGCAGACGGGGGACGGUGGGGCUGCGGGACAAAGAGGACACGUCUCUGGUGCACACGCAUCGACUGCAGAACGGCACCGUGGCGGCCAAAGACCUGUGGGCCACCGACGCCGUGCUGCUGCCCAACGUCCACAAGAUGGCCGUGUCGUUCACCAGUAAAGAGGUGUGUUUUUACGACACUCUGUCUGAGAAGGUCUUCAGCUGCAGAUACAAGCUGCAGGGUUUGAAGUUCACCCCCUGGUGCAUGGACUACUGGGCUGACGUGUCCCAGCCGGACCGGGCCGUCCUCACCAUUGGAGACAUCGGAGGGCAGGUCAGUGCUGUCCACUUCACCUCUGCUCAGAUCUCUCUGUUUGAACGUCCUGGUCUGAGGACGGACUCUGACUCAGUGGACAUCGUCCUGUGGGACGAGCUGGUCAGAGGGAAACACCGCUGCUGUUACCUGGUCACCCACCAGGUCCACGCCCCAGCCUGGGUUAGAAAAGUGCGUUACCUGGAUUCACUGGAGGCGUUUGUGUCGUGCAGCACCGCUCCACAGAGCAGCAUGGUGAUUGGCUGGAAGGAAAAAGAGAGCAGGGAUUUCCGGGUGUCGUCUUUCUCCACCAAGAGGGGGGUGUGGGACCUGGACCACCACCGUGGUCUAAAUCUGAUGGCCACAGCGGGCGUGGAUCAUCAGGUCCUGCUGUGGAACCCGUACCUGACCUCGGAGCCGCUGUGUGCGCUCAGCGGGCACGCCAACGCCGUCCUCGCUGUUCGCUUCCUGCAGACCAAGCAACAACUGCUCAGCUACUCCAAAGAUAAGGUGUGUGUGUGUCUCCAGGUCCUGUGUCUGUGGGACGUGUCCAGUCAGCAGUGUCUUCACCGUCUCUCUGAGGUUUUCCCGAGGACGCAGGAGGACACGCACACGCUCAUGUACCUCCACGAGGAGCGCCACCUCCUCCUGCUCUCCUUCAACAGCACGCUGGUUCUGCUGGAGAGCGUAGAGGAGGAGAGGAGAGGCAGCAGCCACGCUCAGACGGUCACCUGUGUGCUCUACAACAGUCUGUUCAGACAGGUUGUCAGCAGUGACUCAGCCUCCUCUGUGAUCUGCUGGCAGGCCGACACAGGCCAAAAGGUCAAGCAGUUUCACCGUUGCCAUGGCGACGCAGGGAUUUUGACAAUGGCCCUGGAUGGUACGCAGACCAGGCUGUUUACUGCAGGGACGGACGGCGAGGUCAAAGUCUGGGACUUCAGCGGUGGAUGUCUUCACAGGAUGAACGCUGCUCUGGGUCGGAGCGUCCCCAUCUCACAGGUGCUGCUGUUGAAGAGGAGCGUAGUCCUGAUGGGCUGGGAAAGGUAUGUCUCGUUCACUGUUUUCCGGCUUCAUUCUUUCUCACAGUCUCUUGUGGAACCUUCAAAGUGGAGGGGCGGGGUCCAACAUGGCAGCCCUGUCCUCUGUGCUGCCUUUCAGCGUCCACACACUCUGGUCACAGGAAGCUACGGUGGAGAGAUCGUGGUCUGGAACCACGACACGGAGCAGGCUCUGAGGAGGCUGCAGACCCCCCCUGACCCCUGGGACCAGGAGCCCCAGUCAGGUGACCUUCUGAUCAAACGUCUUCAGCCGUUCUCUGUCCUGGAGGUCAAACGUCCCCUUCUUCUUCCAGGUCACUCUGAUUGUUUGAAGAACUCACACUCGUCUAGCGCCAUCACCAGGCUCUUCUUUAUUCCGGGGAGAACGUCUGCAGCUGCAGGUAAAACCUGUUACCAGGAAACAUCCAGUUACCAGUGGUCAACACAGCUCCAUUUUUACACCGGACACUGUGUGGCGCUGUUUCCCUCUCUGGUUAUUUUUCUUUCGGCUUAUUUAUUUCUGAUGUAUUUCCGGUGCCGUCCUUCAGGCGGUGCAGACCUGGUGUCCUGCGGAGGUUCUGGUGUGGUCCGGUUCUGGAACAGUGUUGACGGCCGACUCCUCGGACACUUCACUGCUCACAACAAAGAUCUGGGCUCCAUGGUGAUGACGCUGAGUCCCUGUGGGGGGGUCUUAGUCACUGCUGACGGAGAGGGACGAGUCAAGACCUGGGAGAUCCAGCGUUAUUUACUCCAACCGGACGAUGACGUCACCGCGGACGCUCCCGACCUUCGGUCCACUUUCCGUCCCCACCGUGAUCGCGUCACUCACCUGGAGACGUUUGUCCACGGAGACAGGCUCCUCCUCCUGUCGGCGUCGUCGGACUGCAGCGUGUCUCUGAGCCACCUGUCUGGAGACACCGUCGGACGGUUUGGUCAGGUGUGGAAACACACACACACACACUCACACACAGUACAGGGGUCACCUGAGGUCACGGCUACAGCUGAGUACAGUACUGCAGGAAAGAGUUCUGGACAGGACCACUCUGUCAAGGUAACAGUUCUGGAUCACGGCACCGUCUCAACCUGA